CGUGCGGAUCCCAGAGCUGUUGAACCAGCUGUGCAACGAGUCGCAAGGCUCGGAUGCAAUUCGUCAGGACGCCUGCUACGGCUGCUUCUUCAGGGCCACCAACCAACCCCUUAGCUUCCCCACGCUGGUGGCUAUGUCAAGUUGCGCGGACCUGUACCUGAACAACACCGAUUACUCGCACUGCCAACAGUACCUGAACAACGCCACCAGCACGCUGAACACCAAAGCCAACCCCAUGACGAUCUACUGCACCUUCCUCGAGUGCAUUCGCCAGGUGAACAAGGACAAUUUGGUAAGGUGUCUCUCGUAGCUCCACGAUUUUCUGCACGGCGAGGCGAGGACGUUGUGCGGUACCUAUCGUAAGAGGUUCCUGAGGUGACUUGAAGUAACUUUUUCCUUUGCGCAAAUGCGAUC